AUAGAAUGUCUCCGAAUGAUAAUACGACGGAACAAUCUGGAGCGGGAGCAAACAAAUCAAAUACAAAUACCACGACGUCAAAUAACUUUCAACAACAAUUGCAACAACAAAUCUUGCCGAAUGAGGAAACACUACUGAAACCUGCCUCGAAACAAGCAUAUUUUAGUGAUGAGAAGGUCUUAAUACCAGAGAGUGAUAAGAUUGGAUUUAGUUGGAGAAAACUAUGGGCUUUUACGGGACCAGGAUUUCUUAUGUCAAUUGCAUAUCUUGAUCCGGGAAAUAUAGAAUCAGAUUUACAAAGUGGUGCUGUAGCUAAAUAUAAAAUACUUUGGGUGCUACUAUGGGCAACAGUACUAGGUUUACUGAUGCAGCGCUUAGCUGCAAGAUUGGGUACGGUAACUGGCUUACAUUUAGCUGAGAUGUGCUAUCGACAAUAUAAAAAAGUACCACGUUUUAUACUAUGGAUUAUGAUUGAAAUUGCUAUCAUUGGUUCUGAUAUGCAAGAAGUGAUAGGCACUGCCAUAGCGAUAUAUCUUUUAUCAAAUAAAAUUAUACCGUUAUGGGGUGGCACGCUGAUAACAAUUGUUGAUACUUUUACAUUUUUGUUCCUAGAUAAAUAUGGUUUGAGAAAACUAGAAUUCCUAUUUGGUUUUCUAAUAACUGUGAUGGCAGUCACGUUCGGCUAUGAGUAUGUUGUAUCGGCGCCAAAUCAAGGUGAGGUACUAGAGGGUAUGUUUGUACCUUGGUGCAAGGAUUGUAAUUCACAAGUCCUACUGCAGGCAGUAGGAGUUGUCGGUGCUGUUAUCAUGCCACACAAUUUAUAUUUACAUUCAGCUUUAGUAAAGUCACGUGACGUAGAUCGUCGUCAACCUAAAAGGGUGCGUGAAGCAAAUUUUUAUUUCUUCAUUGAAGCUUCGAUCGCAUUAUUCGUUUCGUUUAUUAUUAAUCUAUUUGUUGUAGCUGUAUUUGCGCAUGGAAUGUUCGGUAAAACCAAUAAAGAUGUGUUGGAUGUUUGCGUAAAUCAACCUAUGUAUGAAGAUGCAAAAGUAUCAUUUGCUGAUAGUCAUAAUGGAACUGAUAUAAUAAAUGCUGAUCUUUAUAAAGGUGGCCUUUUCUUAGGUUGUACAUUUGGUGCAGCAGCAAUGUAUAUCUGGGGUGUUGGUAUUUUAGCUGCUGGACAGAGUUCCACAAUGACAGGCACAUAUGCUGGCCAAUUCACAAUGGAAGGUUUUCUCAAUUUGCAAUGGCCACGUUGGCGUCGUGUACUCUUCACACGGCUUAUUGCUAUUGUACCAACAUUUUGUUUAGCCUUCUUUAGCAAAAUGGAAGAUUUAACUGAUAUGAAUGACAUAUUAAAUGCUGUCAUGUCCUUACAAUUGCCUUUUGCAGUCAUACCAACAAUUGCAUUUACUUCAUGUACAGCUAUUAUGGGAGAAUUUGUGAACGGCAUUGGCAAUAAAAUUACUUCAAUAGCGUUGACAGUUGUUGUGAUUGCAGUUAAUUUGUAUUUUGUUAUCAGUCAAGUAGAGACAUAUAAUGUUGAAGGCGGAAUUUUAGCUAUAAUUUGUAUUUUUGCCAUUUUAUAUUUAUUAUUUAAUUUAUACCUUGUGAUACAUAUGGCAGCUUGUAUGGGUAAUCGAGUGCUGAAUAAUAAUAAGUGGGUCCAGAAGUUUGUACUUCCAAAUCAAAACAGUUUCUCUCUUAAGAAUGUCAACUCAACAUAUGCGAGAAUUUCAUGCAAUCCAGAUACUGAAGUCGAUAUUGCUGAUGAUGAUGGUGAAGAAGCGUAGCCAUUACUAAUGGCAACUGAUUUCGACACUGAGAGUGAUAAUAGCAGCAAUAACAGUAACAACAGUGAUAGCAACUGCCAUCAUCAGUUUACCUAUCAGCCACAGCUUCAUAAUGUCGUUAGCUAGCAUUGGAACUAUUUUAGUAAAUUUUACUUUUAGCAAAACUGAAAGCAACGUUUACAAAAAUUGUAGAAAAUUCAAAAUUUUAUUACUCUUAAUUCGUUGGUAGAUAUUACCAACAUUCUAACGAAAUAUAAAACGAUAAAUUUUAAUUCAUCAAAAAUGAUGAAAACCUAAAAGAACAACAUUUAAUCGGUUUAAUCGGAAUCAGAAUGCUAAUCAAAUAAAAAA